CACUCUAACACACAUUUUUUGAAAGGUCGCAAGUGGCAGGUUCUUGUCGCCGUCGUCUCGUCCAAAUCCGCAUGUUAAAAUUUCGCGGAGAGUUUUUUUUUCUUUUUCUUUUUCCAAAUUGAAAUUCCAUAAAAAAGAAAAAUUCACACAAAAACCUUAUUCAUUUUGGUAUAAAAUAAAGAAAAGAAAAAUAGAAACGAACUAAACAUGGCUGAUUUAGAUGAUUUUUUUGCUAAAAAAGAUCGUAAAAAGUCGAAAGGAAAAAAAUUCCUCACUGCCGAUGAGUUGGUCAAGAAUUUGGAAGACACGUCAAAACGUGAGCAGCCACCAAAGCCAAAAAAAGAACCAACUCCAGUUUUAGCUGCUGUAGUUGAUGAUCCAGCCAAUGCAGCCAACGCAACUGUGGCAAGUGAAAACAAUGAAAAUCCAAUCAAUGCCAUUGAACAGGUCGCUCCCAACAAUACUGCUCCACCUCCACCAGCAGCAGUUGAAGAAGAAUGGAAAGAAAUCGAAGUGGAACGAAAGGAUUACAGCGGAUUGAAGAUCGGCCAACUGACAAUCAACGAAGACGACUUGAAUCAGCGGGAUGAGGCCGAGAGCUACGAUGACGAUGAAAACGAGGGCAAUGAGAAUUACCAGAUGUCCGAUUCGAAGGGCAACGGCCCUUGGAAGAAGGUCAUACCGGCCGAGGAGGUGACACAGAUUCCCAUGCCCGCUGUUGGUCCGGCGACAGGCGCAUCAGUUUAUAUUUCACCGGCUCUUCGUAAUAGUCAAAACGCAUCGGCACUCCGCAUGAAUAAACUUCGCAAAGGAACAGCACCCGAUAUUACCAACGAGGAUUAUUUCCCAACACUGGGUGCCGCCCGACCUGAGGAACAGAAGAAAAAGAAGAACGAACCUGCAUUUGAGGAAGUUCGACAUGGUGGCCGUGUGCAGCGAGUACAAGAGCAAACUGCAGCCCCAGUCUCUGUAGGGAAUCGUUUUAAGUCUCUUGAAGAUGACGAUAGCUAGACUAUCGUUGUAGCAAGCCAUCCCAACUCUUAAAUCUAAUUGCAAAUAUUUUUCUAACUUUGUUUCGAGAACGAGUAAAAACAAAAAUAUUUAUCAUGAAGAAUAAAAUCAAACAAAUUAACAACAAAAACAAAAAUUAAAUUUGCAAACAAAAACAAAAUAUACCUAAAGGCUGUGGUGCUGCUCCGCUGCUGCUUUUGUGCUCUUCUCCCCAGCUCAUAAACGAUUUCAAAAACAAAACAAACAAAAUACAUAAAAACCUUCGCUUCAUUCUCUGUUGUUCCGUAUAAUUCCCUUUUUUGCUGCUUCUCGUUAUUUUAGCAGUUGCCGUCGAUUGUAAUUUCUUUUUUUUUUAUUUUUUGUUUGAAUAAAUUUUAUAUUUUUGUUUAACACUUUAUACAAACAAAAAAAAACAAAAUUUGCAAUUAACGAAAGAUGCAUAAAUAGGUAUUUUUUAAUAUUUUCAUAA